CUUUCUUCCUUUAUAUAUUACUAACUCUCUCUCUCUCUCUCUCUAACAAAAGAGCAUCCAAGAUUCGUCUUGGUACGCGACGCCCCGACCUCGAAGUAUAUUUUUCUCUUCCAUUUUCUCUAUUAAUUUCCCCUCUAAUUCUGGCUCUUACUAAUCCAUAAAUAUCCUUGCUUUAUAUAUGUAUAUAUUUCUUGGUACCCAAGUUUAUUCUCUUCCUGAUUCUGUUUAGAUCCCUUUGUUCUAUUAUAAUUUUUUUGUGUUCACAGCAUCGUUGCCUUUCUCACCUUCGUCGGAUCUAUCUAUGCUAUUUGGUCUGAAAGCCAACCCUUUUUCCCAUAUAACUAUCCUCCACUGUCGCUGUAAUUUAGGUGUGGAGAAAAGGAGAAGAAGGAGGAGAAGAAGAAAGGAUUGAAGUGAAGAGAGAAGAAGUUUCCUGGGUUAGAAAGAGGCUAUGAUAAACAUGGAUUAUGCAAAAAAAAUGCGCAGAUGUCAUGAGUAUGUGGAAGCUUUAGAAGAAGAAAGACGUAAAAUUCAAGUCUUUCAACGCGAGCUUCCUCUGUGUUUAGAGCUUGUUACCCAAGCGAUUGAGGCAUGCAAGAAAGAGAUAUCGGGGGGUUCAACGACGACGGAUUACAUGCAAGGCCAAUCGGAGUGUUCGGAGCAGACAUCGAGUGAUGGACCUAUUUUGGAAGAAUUUAUUCCAAUUAAAAGAAGCUCCGAUUGCUCUGAGGAAGACGAUGAACAAGAAUCACAUAAAUCCAAAGACCACGAUACCAACACCAAAGAGAAGAAUGUUGCUGCUGCUGAUAAAAAGAAAUCAGAUUGGCUUAGAUCUGUUCAGCUGUGGAAUAACAAUCAAUCCCCAGAUCCACCCUUGAAAGAGGGUGCGGGUAAAAGUGGAACUGCGGUGGAAGUGAAGAGAAAUGGAGGAGCAUUCCAGCCGUUCCACAGAGGGAAAACUGUAGAGAAGAGUGUCCAAUCGGUAGGAAAAGCCAAUGCCUCAGCUACAAGUACUUCUACAACAGAAAGUGGAAGUAGAGGAGGAGGAGGAGGAGGAGAGGCCAAUAAUGGAAACACCAACAGUAAAAAAGAAGAAAAGGAAGGGCAAUCAGAGAAACAAAGGCGGUGUUGGUCACCAGAGUUGCAUAGGCGCUUCUUGCAUGCCCUCCAGCAGCUCGGUGGUUCACAUGUUGCUACUCCAAAGCAAAUCAGGGAGCUGAUGAAGGUUGAUGGACUUACAAAUGAUGAAGUUAAAAGCCAUUUACAGAAAUAUAGAUUGCACACGAGGAGACCAAGCCCAACCGUCCACAACAAUGCCAACCCACAAGCACCCCAAUUUGUGGUGGUAGGAGGCAUAUGGGUACCUCCACCAGAAUAUGCUCCGAUGGCAGCAACAACAGCAUCAGGGGAAACAGCCAGUGUGACUCCAACCAAUGGAAUCUACACCCCGGUGGCUGCCCCAUUGCCUAAGCUUCCCCAACCAUCAGGAGCGAUUGUGCAAAGGCAGCCACGAUUGCAAUCUGAAGAAAGGAGCAGCCAUAGUGAAGGGAGAGUUCGUUCAAAUUCACCAUCAACAUCUUCCUCUACUCAUACCACUACAGAUUCUCCCUUGUUUUAGUUCUCAUGGCAUGAGAAUGGUGUACAAUUUUUGUAAGGAAACCUCAGUAGAAAAGUUCUAUAUGAUAUAGAGACAGCACUCGUUAGUUUUUUUUUUCUUUUUUUCUUUAUUCUUUUGCCCCUUCUUAACCUCCUGCUGUUGUUGUUGAGUGUAAACAUGGAUAGUGACAGUUAGCCUUGAAUAAAAGCAUCCUUGUAGUUCUACCUCACUUCUGUUUCCAGAAUCUGGAAUAGUUAAACGAAUAAAUUGGAAUCUUGGUUUUGGAAUCA